UCCUUAAAUAUACCCGUCAUGAACCCCAGGUAGCCUCGAACAAGCUGUCGCCAUGGAUUACCGUGAUACCGCAUCGGCAGCUCCGAAUGGAGAGCCAGCCGCAGUUCCCGCUCGUCCGCGUCCUCCAUAUUUGCGCCCCGAUAGCAACCAGAGUAGCUUCUUCGGCGACGUUGAGAUGGCCCACGACGAGCUCUUUUCUGGCCCCAUCGCCGAAAGCCUUCCAAGCAGUAUCUCGGCCUUCUCUCAUCGCCGGUCUCGAGCCGAUUCCACGACCAGCUUUCUAUAUUACGAGGACGAUGAGCCGAGCAUUGACAGAGAUAUCCAGGACUUCGCCGGAGCGGUGAUAGACGACGACGAGGACGACGAUCAUUCAGUCGACGAUGACAGUUUGGCCUAUAACCAUGACUAUGUGCUCCAUCGAUGCUCCUCGACACUAUCGCGUAACUCUGUGAACGCCCAUCUUCUUCGCAGGGAUAGCAAUGUCACGACUGGCAGCUCACAUCCUUUCAGCCGCACAAGCCAAAAGAUCUACGUGGAGACUGAAGAUUUGACUAUUGCAAUUGCUGGAUUUCGCACAAGAACCACGGGCUACGUCGCCUAUCUGAUCCUCUGCAUUCUAUCCGGAGGCAUUGCGUAUUUGGUCUUCCGUUGGCUCCCCAGACUGUACAUCGCUCUCCUGGGGCAGAGUUGCCCACUGAGGGAUUGCAGCUGGGUGGUUAUAGAGAACCAAUGGGGCGAGAUGGAGAUCUCACAAGUGCGAGUCCAGGACUAUGGCCAGCCUCUUUCCUCAAUGUUUGGGCUUCCCGAAAAGCCGAUGGCCUAUGGUCUGGAUGACGAGACUGAUCCCGUCGUUGAUGACCUUCGAUCGCUCAACUACCGCUACGUUCGAUUCUGCUAUCACCCUCUCAAGGACAAAUUCGUUCUAUUCAGCGGCUGGAAGGAUCCGAGCUGGACUGAUAUGAAAGCCGUGCGCGCUGGUCUCGAUAGCGAUGAAAAAUCGAUCCGCGAAAUCCUCUUUGGCAACAACCUCAUCGACAUAGAGCAGAAAUCUAUGAGCCAGCUGCUUGUUGACGAGGUGUUACAUCCCUUCUACAUAUUCCAGAUCGCUAGUAUCAUUCUCUGGUCACUGGAUUCAUACUACUACUACGCCAUCUGCAUCUUUGCCAUGUCUGUUGGGAGCAUAGCGACGACGCUCGUUGAAACUCGAGCAACAAUGAAACGACUGCGCGAAAUCUCCCGCUUUGAAUGUGACGUCCGAGUGCUGCGGAACGGGUUUUGGACAUACAUUUCGUCUGCCGAUCUCAUUCCUGGCGAUGUCUACGAGCUCAGCGACCCUAACCUGACCCAGCUUCCCAGUGACAGCUUAUUGCUCACAGGCGACUGCAUUGUCAAUGAGAGCAUGCUCACGGGGGAAUCUGUUCCUGUUUCAAAGGCUCCAGCGAACGAUCAUACGUUGGCACAACUCGACCUCACCGCGUCGACCGUUUCUCCCGAAGUUGCGCGCCACUUCCUCUUCUGUGGGACGAAAAUCAUCCGGGCGAGGCGCCCCCAGGAAGAUGCAGGAGGCGAUGCGGUUGCCCUGGCGCUCGUUGUCCGGACUGGGUUCAGUACCACCAAGGGCGCUCUCGUGCGAUCCAUGUUGUUUCCCAAACCCUCAGGCUUCAAGUUUUAUCGUGACUCGUUCAGAUAUAUCAGCGUCAUGGCCGUUGUUGCCCUGCUUGGAUUCAUCGCCUCUUUCGUCAACUUCAUUCGGUUGCAGCUAGAGUGGCACCUGAUCAUUGUCCGUGCCCUCGACCUCAUCACCAUCGUUGUGCCGCCGGCUUUGCCUGCAACCUUGACCAUUGGCACCAACUUUGCUCUCGCCCGCUUGAAAAAGGCCAAGAUCUUCUGCAUCAGUCCGCAGAGGGUGAAUGUCGGCGGAAAGCUGGACAUCAUGUGCUUUGAUAAGACAGGCACGCUCACAGAAGACGGCCUGGACGUCCUUGGCGUCCGGGUUGUUUCAGUGGAUGAACAUAAGUUUAGCGAUGUCAUUUCAGAGCCCCGGCUAUUUGAGCAGCGAGAGACGAGCGCCUCCUCCCAGGCCAUAUUACAAGCCGCUCUUCAUGCCAUGGCAACUUGCCAUUCCCUUCGCUCCGUUGAUGGCGAGCUCGUGGGCGAUCCGCUGGACCUCAAGAUGUUCGAAUUCACGGGCUGGUCGUUUGAAGAGGGCAAGCACAAUGUCAUGGAAGGCGAGGACGAGGAGUACGGGAGUCUUUCGCCUUCAAUUGCCUCUCCCCCUGAUAAAUCCAUCCAACUGGGCGUCCUCAAGUCGUUCGAGUUUGUCUCGCAGCUGCGAAGAUCCAGCGUUAUUGUGAGGCACUUUGGAAGAAAAGACGGUGAUAUCUUCGUCAAAGGCGCUCCAGAAGCUAUGCGAGAAAUAUGCCGGCCUGAAAGCAUUCCAAAGGACUACGAUGAGCUGCUCUCAUUCUACACUCACGGGGGUUACCGCGUCAUCGGAUGUGCUACACGACAUCUUAACCGACUUAGCUGGGUGAAGGCGCAGAAGAUGACCCGCUCAGAGGUUGAACGAGAUCUCGAUUUCAUCGGCUUCAUCAUCUUCGAGAACAAGCUGAAGCCCAGCACAGCGGAAGUGUUGAAGGAGCUCAAAGACUCCAACAUUGCCACUGUGAUGGUUACAGGCGACAACAUCCUCACGGCGGUUAGCGUUGCCAGAGAAUGCGGCCUUCUCGACCGCCACGCGCACUGUUUCGUACCUCGAUUUCUUCAGGGCGACUCUCGGGAUCCCACAGCAGAGCUGCAGUGGGAGAGCAUCGAUAACAGCAUGUAUUGCCUCGACAAGACAAAUCUGACUCCGCUUCCAGCGCCGCCAGAAGGCGACAUCUCCCUUCCUUACGACAUCUCCAGCAUGCAAAAUUAUUCUCUGGCUGUAAGCGGCGAGGUAUUUCGAUGGAUAAUCGACUAUGCCCCAGCGGACAUUGUUUCCAAGAUGCUCGUGAAAGGAAAAGUGUUCGCCAGGAUGUCUCCAGAUGAAAAGCACGAAUUGGUGGAGAAGCUGCAAAGUAUCGACUAUUCCUGCGGCUUUUGCGGUGACGGCGCGAAUGACUGUGGCGCUCUCAAGGCUGCAGAUGUGGGCAUUUCAUUGUCGCAAGCCGAGGCCUCGGUAGCCGCGCCAUUCACUUCCCAGGUCUUUGAUAUUCGGUGUGUGUUAGAAGUCAUCCGGGAGGGACGGGCAGCUCUGGUGACGAGCUUCAGCUGUUUCAAGUACAUGAGUCUGUACUCGGCGAUACAGUUCACCUCGGUUAGCUUCCUCUACUCGAAAGGGUCAAACCUGGGAGACUUUCAGUUCCUUUUCAUCGACCUUCUCCUCAUCCUUCCGAUUGCCGUCUUCAUGGGCUGGGCUGGGCCUGCGGAAAAGCUCUGUCGGAAGCGACCAACCGCGGACCUCGUCUCGCGCAAGGUCCUUGUGCCUCUGCUCGGGUUGAUGGGCAUCAGCAUAGCGAUCCAAGCCAUAGCAUAUGUCACCGUUCGAGAACAGCCUUGGUACACACCACCGGAGCUGAAGCAUGGCGAAACCAGCAUCACAAGCUCGGAGAACACCGCGCUGUUCCUCGUUUCAUGCUUCGAAUACAUCUUCUCUGGAGUGAUCCUCAACGCAGGGCAUCCGUUCAGGCAUCCACUAUGGGAGAACUGGCCAUUCAUCACAACCAUCGUUCUAAGCCUAGCAGCAACCGUAUACAUGAUUGCGGGCCCACCCCGUUGGUUGUUUGAUCUGAUGCAACUGAGCAGCAUGAGCAGGAGCUACAGCCUGUUCCUGGUCCUGUUGGGCUUGAUGUUCUUGGCCGUGGCCUGGGUGUAUGAGAAGAUGCUCUCACUGCCACUUGCAAGGGGCCUGGGCGUGGUCAUCAAGUGGAUCACCGGGCACGCGAAGCAACGGAAGCAAUACAAGGUGAUACAGGAAGAAUUGAGGAAGGGAGGUGCGUUAUAA